CCCCUCUCACAGCAUAUCCAGGACCAAUCCACUGGUCCCAUAUCUCUGACGACAUUUUCGCGAUUAUCUGCAUUCUGUGCCUCAGUCAAGCACCAAAAGCAGCUCCGCCUACCGUUUGCUGGCCAACCGAUUGCGGGCACCGUCACAGCACAGAUCCCUUACCCAUUACAUUAUGGUACGGCUGCGGCCCCGUUCAGUCUGGAAACUGCCGUUUCGCUUAUCUGCUAAUCCUUUCUCCUUUGCUAUCCCCAGUCUAUCUCGACAACGUUCAAGCCCUCUCCCCUGGGCCUCGGAUCGCCUCCCAGCGUUCGUAACUCUCCAUUCCGAAGGGGCGAAUCUCCGGCUUCGCCAUCACCCCUCCGACACAUAACACCUACAAGCUCGCCUACCAAAGCUGCCGCCACAACACCCAACGGAACGUCGAGAUUUGCGAGGCCAACGACACCAACCAACGAUUUGCCUGAGACCAAAGAAGAAGAGAAAACUCCAGUCAUGACUACUCCUACAAGAGCAUCGCCGCCGUCGUGGAAGGCUGGGUCAAAGCUGGCAGUGGGCGGCUCUUUGGGCGGUAGCAAUGCUCUCUCACAGCUUCAGCCUACUCAGGUUAGGACAUUGAGAGAUGGAUUUCAGAUCCUGGACCGAGACUGCGACGGCAUUGUCAAUAGAGAAGACGUUGCCGACAUGCUCAGUCAGCUUGGCCUCCCCUCAGGCUCCUCCGACAUAGGACGCUUCUUUCCGCCAUCGAAACCGCAAACCAUCACGCUAGCCGCUUUCCUCAACUCGAUGGCGGAGUCCUUGGCUCUGCUGUCACCAAAUACUGAGCUCUUAUCUGCGUUUUCGGCCUUUGACGAGGACGACAGCGGUCAGAUAGACUGGGCGGAGCUGAGGGAUGCUCUGCUCAACACACCGCCAGAAGCCGGGCAGUCAGCACUCAGCGCUGCAGAGGUGGACAAGGUGGUCGAGGGAUUCACGGGCCGGCGAGCCUUCAACCGCAACAUGAAUGCGCACUUAUCGGCACGACGGGGUGAAGUGUUUAAAUACCAGGAAUUCGUCCAUUCAAUCAUGGGCUCCAACGGCGGGUCCGAGGGAGGGGCACAUGAAGGGGAGGAGCAGUGACGAGAUUGAUGAUUGGCCUGCUGUCUUUUUUUUCUUCCCCUUCGUAUUACGCCAAUUGGUGUUUUCCUGGGGUUUCGUUUUCUGGUUGACACGAGUGACACGACGCAAUUACUGCUGUCAGGUACGGGGUCCUGGGGCCGGCCGUGCCUGUCAUCAUAGAGGGUGAAGCAAUCAGCCCGGUGCAUAAUAUUUCUUUGUCUCACAUUCUGAUUGUUUUGUUUUGUUUUGUUUGUUUGUUAAUCUGCACAGCUGUAUGUACGAGAUACUAGUAGUAGCACACGGAUACCUAUGGAUAAGCUUGACAAGUUACGAUUAAUCUUCAAAUUAAAGAAACGACACGUGCAUCCCUGCUGG